AUGGCGAUCACAGAAAUAGGGAAAGUGUUCGUGUUUAAAAUGGCAAUAACACUUUGUAAUCUCAUUCUAAUACAUUGCAGAAUAAUAGAAGUCAAUCUCGGAGGCACUUGGAUUAUUUCAAAUGCAAAUAACAGCAUUUCUGUGCCCGGAACUGUUCCUGGAAAUGUCCACACAGCUUUGUACAGGAAUGGAAAUAUUCCGGAUCCGUACUUCCGGUUUAAUGAUGUCAAAUAUCGCUGGAUAGCGUAUGACAAUUGGGUGUACACAAGGACCUUGGAAGGUUUGAAUAAUAUUCUUUUCUCUCAUUAUAUUUGAUUGAAUGGUACUUGUCGUAGUUAAUGUUGUUAACAUGGCAUAACCGAGAGAACUGAUCUGUCAAAAUUUAAGCACCAGGCCUGACCUACAGGCAGCCCAAGCUCCUGCUGUGAGAUGAUCAUCUUGCGUUAUACAAGUUUUGGCGAAAAUAUAAUAGUUUGUUUGGGAAUAUUUACAACCGCUGCUAGGAAAAAAAAUAGUCAAAUUCUCAAUUAAAAUACCUCACCUUACUUUCACAGUGCAUUACUUGUUUUGUGACAGCUUUCUUUGUUGCAACAAGGCCAUUUUGGCGAGUUACCCAUUUCUAGGUUUACCUCUCUUAUGUAGUAACCUAAAAAUGGAUAACUCGCUAAAAUGCCUUUUUUUUUCAAUGUAGUGAGUGGUCAGUGGUCUUUUUGUCCUUGAAACUUAAGUUUACUCCAUGCAUGUGGACCAAAGUUUUUAGAUUCAAAUUAAAACUUAGUUAAAUGGUUCUUGCUCCUUAGACAGGAGAGAUUUUUGAAAAUUCUUAAAAGUACAUUUUCAAUUAAAAGGGGCGCUUAGUGGAUUUGAGAGACUAUGACAUGUACUAUUAUAAAGGACUCGAUUAUACUAAAAUUCCCUAGUAAAACAAAUUGAUGGUAUCUUUGAAGUAUUUUUAACCCUUAUUGUGAUAUGUUCUUAUCUCUUUGUUUCUUGAUAUCCUCAUCCUCCUACUCCCAGUUUCUGAAGAUGUCAUAUCAAAAGGAAACAUUUUGUUGGUUUUUGAGGGCCUGGAUACAGUUGCUACAGUUCUGGUGAAUAAUGUUGAAGUUGGCCACUCAACAAACAUGUUUCACAGAUACAUCUUUAGUGUUAAGGGGGUGCUAAAAACUGGAAUGAACAAGAUUGAGGUGCGCUUCACUUCUGCGGUGCUCUAUGCCAAAGAGCAGGCUAAAAAGUUUCCAUAUCGUGUACCCCCUGAAUGUCCAGUCCCAGUUCAGCGUGGUGAGUGCCAUGGAAAUUUCAUCAGAAAAGAACAAUGUUCAUUUAGUUGGGUAAGCCAUUGUUACAAGUAUUUAUCAGUGGAUGUCAUUGCUACCAUAAAAAAAACCAAUAUAGUGUUGUUAUUAAUUUAAUUAUUUGAAUAAUAAUAAUUUAUUUAGGACUGAGUCAGUGCUAUGGCUUGAGUGACUGCAAGAAUCUUUGUGUUCUCCAAAGUUUGGGUGUGCUUCUGAUAUCUCAUUGAAUGCAUGCUGGCACAGGAACCAGCCUUUGGGAGUUUCAAUCUUAUAGCCAUGUUCUUAAAACCUGGGAAACCUGAAUCACUGUUUUGAUUGGCACACAUUAAUGAUUAUCAUAAUGACAAAAUAUAUCAGAAAGUUUUGAAUUGUACAUUUGAAUUGCUAUUGGCCAUAGAUGGAUCUGUGUUGGACUUGACUUGGAUACUUGAUAAACUCCUGCUGUCCUGCAUGUGUUGUUGAAAUUAAUUAUUAUUGGCUCACUCUCCUCUUUAGGAUUGGGGACCAGCCUUUGUUCCUCAAGGGAUUUGGUAAUUAUUUUCUUCCACUUUAAGUUAAGAGAUGUAAAUAAUAUACUAAGUUUUUCUUCGCAAAGCAGGAGGGGGAUUGCCAUAUAUCAAUAAUGGGAAUGAUUAUCCUUAUUUUUAGAGGUUAGAAUUACCAAUUUUGAUGAUAUUGAGAAGUCACAGAGAAAAAAAAACUUAACAAUCAGAUUAAAUAGUCAACUCUAGACCCUUAGGAGCCUUUUAAAGAUUGGUUUUCUUUUUCAGAGUUUUUCUCUGGUACCUCUUCUCCUGAUCAAAUUUCUGUUACUAUGCUAUGAAUGAGCCAACAAACAAACUUGAUUUGUUGUUGUUUUCUGUCAAAUUUGAUUGAAAAUCUGGUAGGAAUGAAAAAAAACAUGGAUUGAAUAAUACCAGAGUAAGAUCAAACAUAAGUUUAAAUCUGUAGAUAUGAUAUCCAUACUAUUACAGCUAUAAUUAUAGGUAAGCAUUAAGAGUAUUUUCAGUUUUAAAUGUAGGAGAGUUUACAUGGAUAAAUGUUUGAUGAAGCAACUGAUGUAAAGCAACUUUCCUAAGACUCCAAUCAUGAUUUCUUUUCAAAAUAUUUUUUUCCCAAAAUUUGAGCUAUCAAACUCGGGGUACGGCUUAUCUGCAAGUGGGGCUUAUCUGUUGGUGUUCUUACAGUAAUAAUUGUUUUCUAUCUCCAGUUGUUCAUGUAUUCUAUCUAUGAUACUGUACCUGAGCUGGAAAAUGCAGCAAGAGCCACACCCAUACUAACCACUUUUUUGGGUUACUUCAGACAUUUCGACUCUCACUCUCAUCUUCUUUUCUAUCUACAGGCGAAAUGUUUCUCUGCAAGCCUACAACUCAGCUGUUAUAAGGGACAUCACAGUGACACCUACAAAAGGUUACUAUGACAGAAUUUAAAUAUAUUUAAAUAAGUAGUAAUCCUUCAAAAACUUGAAUCAUACGGCAAAUGCAAUAAGUUGAUUAAAAAUAUAUUUUUCUUCACUUUCUGAUGUGCUCUCUUUCAGGUUCAGCUAACAUCACAUGGCAGUUAUCUGUGGCGCUUUUUGUAGAUUCAGCUGAAGAUGGUGUGACAGGUACAAUAGUGCUCAGUCUUCCUCAGCUGUCACACUCUCAGAAGCUUGUCAUCAAACUGUCACAAGGUAUCCAAAAAAUUUCUUUCCCAGAGAUGUUGUUUACAGAAAAAGAUAACAUUAGGCCAUGGUGGCCUCAAGGAUAUGGCAAACCAAAUCUGUACACAGUUAAGGUACUUACUUUAUAUCAAUUAGUAUAUAAAUGAGAUAUGUGUGCUUAGGGCACAGUUGCUUAGAUUCUGUCAUUGAACCCUAAGUCUUUGAAAUUCAUUACCAGGCAGCUUAAUGUCAGAAAUGAUCAUUAACUUCGAACAGGUUGUGUUUUUGAGCUCAUCUCGUGAUGAACAGUCAAGCAUCAAUCGUAACAUCGGUUUCAGGACAGUGAAACUUAGACAGGAACAAAUUGAGUGUGCUCCAGGUUAGUAAUUCAAAUGGAAAAUGAACAGGUAAUUAUGACAAUUAUAAAUUUGUUUUUGCAUUACAAGACCAUACAUUACAUGAUCUUUGUUAUAGUCAGUUAUUACUAAUCCUUAAAUUUUAAGCAAGUCACCAUAAAACUUACACUUUUUGUAUCUGGUUAUGUUUUAUGGUUACCUUUUAAAUCUACAAUUAUUGCCAUAGUUCUAAGCAUUGCUUAGUAUAUUGUGAUUUCAACAUUUCAGUCCCAAUUUUUGAGUGGGAUAACAUAUCUGAUCACACAUUUACUGGUAGGAAAAAGCAUUAUUUCAAGAAUUACACUUCAAUCACACUUUGCAAGUUGGGAUUUCUUGUUUAUCAUGUUGUUAUUUUUGCAUAAGAGGUUUCAAUGGAUUCACUGGCAGAAGUGCUCUGUCUGUUUCAGGACGAGGAUUUCACUUUGAGAUCAACGAUUUGCCAAUAUUUCUGAAGGGAGCUAACUGGAUUCCUGCAGGUAUGCGCCUAAAAUAUCAAAUGUAAGAAUAACAUCUCAGUUAAUCUUUGAAAGGAGUAAAGAUUGACAUAACACCUCCCAACUUGUGUCUUGUUAGUGAUUCCUAUGCCUGUGAAAUGAAACCUCCCAUCUCAAGCCAAUUUUCACCUGUCAACCAAUUUCUCCCAUUGAGCAAAAAAUUACAAGCUAUUGCAGUUUUACAUCACAAAUUUAAAAAAUUAAAAGCUAACCAUGCUUAAGCAUGAGUGGGACUGAGUGAGUAAAACUCUGCCAUUUGUUGACUUGCCAUAUUAUGUAGGGAUGUGAUACUAUAUUCAGAAAUGGCUGCAGUGGUGAAAAGCAAACUUUUAAUCCAUCAGAUAUUACUUAACUUGGUUAAGGUAAUCACAUGAUUUUGAGUACAAUUUGGUGUUAAUAAGCACAAGUAAUAUCUUCAAAGACAACAAAAUUGCAUGAGCCCAUAGGGCUAGUGUGAUUUUGUAGUCUAGUACUUAUUACACUGCACUGAGAACUCAUGUUGUUACUUGUUAAUAAUAUACAUGAAAAAACAUCAUAAAUUCAAGACAGACAUAAAUUUUGGCAGUGUGUGGGCUAUUUGUAAUUAGCACUUGUGUUACAACUUUGCACUUGUGUGACAUGAUAAUGCACUUGUUUUCAGCCAAUCAGAUGCAUUUAAUUUUUUCAUGUACAUUACUAGCCUCAAAAAGCCAAGAAUUAAACAUUGAUUCCACUCUUUAUGAUAAUGCUGGCAAAUGGAAAGUAUACAUUGCUCAAACCUUUAAACCCUAGGUGUGACCAGUAUGUAAUUUCUCCUUACAUGAAUACUUCUCAAUCAUUCAUAAAGAUGGAGAGACUAAAGGAAAUGAUCACUAACUUGAGAAGCUUUGAUUAUUAAAAAAAUUCUCCCUGUUAGUACCAGAGGAAAUUUGGAGAAGAGUAUGGAGAAUUUGGAUGCUGAUGUUAUAGUGUAAAGGGUCAAUCUUUUAAAACUUUUUACGUCAUGCAGAGCCAGUAUUAUGUCAAUACAAAGGGAAUAACAGAAUGAAGUAUCUGUGAGAAUGGAUGUGGCUUGCUUCUGGAAUCCAGUUUUCUGGCGAUUCUGUAAAAAUUCUCAAUACUGAAAAUUGUUUUCUAUAAAAAUAGACGAUGCAAAACCAACCUUAUUUCACUUUCCUCCCAGAUGCCUUUGAGGACCGUGUGACGAGUUCAGACCUUUGGAAUCUUCUCAAGUCAGCAGCUGAUGCAAACAUGAAUGUGGUGAGAAACUGGGGAGGAGGAAUCUAUCAACAUGAUGAAUUUUACGACAUAGCGGACGAGUUAGGGUAUGGAAUUGGUAAUUAAAAAUAAACGGGUAAUCAACGAGAUAGAGCGCUUUUCGUAAGAGUGUCGCAAAACCAAAACUAAAGUGAUACCAGAGGCCAAUUAGAAGAAAUGAAAAUACCCUCAAGAGCCAAUGGGAACUCAGAGCUAAAACAACCAAACUGCCUCAAGCGCGGGAAAAUGCGGGCGACCAAGUCGUGAUUAGCUUUGAAUCUGAUUGGUUUAGAGAGUGGCGCGAGUAAUCUGGACCAAUCACAGAGCGAAGUAAAGAAAGAAAGAAAUCCCGGAUCACUUUCAACACUUAAUUGCUCAUUUCUCAUUACUCAAAAUUUCAUUUUGUCUUAUUAUUAAAUGACGUCAAAGCUGUUUAUCGCGUUGCUGCGGCACAAGGGCAUUCUUUUAAAACUAAAAAAUUCCGUGCAGCAAUUAAAUGGAUCAACAAAAUUUAAAAGAACAAUUUUCAAUAGAGCGUCAAAAAUGACUGGCUUUGCUUUACUCUCGGGUCUAGCCAACUCAUCUCAACCAACCACAUGCAAACUAAAAUUAAUCACGGCUUAGACCCUCGUGUCUUCCCACGCUCGAACCUGGCAACGUGUGCUUAUUUACAGCUGUCGAUUGCGUCUUCUAUUUCCCUUCAUGCUCUUAUCUGUAGCGAUUUCUUUGGGUUUGGUUGUACAACGCUCAAGCAACAGAGUUGGUUUAUCGAGCGCUAAGCUCUUAGAGGCUUGCAAUUAGCGCCCUAUAAAUUAUACAUAUUAUUAGUACAUUAGACACUGUCAUUAUUGGUCUUCUUCCUCUUAGAGACUGCACAGCCGGUUUUCACACAUCACCUCUCAUUUACCCGGCAGACUAUGAUUCCGAAAAAUAGAUAUUUUUUUCCUUUACUGUUUAGAUUACUUGUGUGGGAAGAAUUCAUGUUUGCCUGUGCCAUGUACCCGGUUGAUGUAGAAUUCUUGAACUCAGUCAAGGAAGAAGUACAAUAUCAGGUAAUUUCUCCAGCAUAGGCUUAAUAAAGUUUCUUUCAAUCUCGCAGAAUUUUAAUUGUAAGCCAUAGGCUGAAGAUAACUUCCUGAGGGUUUUCAAGAAGAGUAGAGUAGGGAAGAGAGGCUUAUGGUAGGGAAAUAGGGAGACGUAUGAUAAAUAGGUGUAGAGCUUUUUGGCAUGGGGAAGGUUAUAGAUAGGGAGAAGUGGGGUUUAAGUUAGGGAGGGAGAAAUUUUGUCCGGGAAGGGGAUGUAUCACCAUACAAAGGAAAUUGUUUUAAAAUGAGCGGAAAAGAAGCAAACCUGUUGCCGAUGCAUUUUUUUUACGUCUGUUGAUGCUGUUUACGCAAUGCCUUCUCGCCCAAUUUCUAGAAUUUAAAACAUGUACAUGGACUGAAAGGAUAAAUUGUCGGCAAAACAGAUCUUAAGAAAUUCAUAGAACAUCAUUCAGAAACUUUGUGUGGACAGGUACGUCGGCUUCAUCAUCAUCCGUCCAUCAUACUGUGGAGUGGUAACAAUGAAAAUGAAGAAGCUCUGGCGACCAACUGGUAAGCUCUAUCUUGGUCCUGAUUGGGUAAUUGAUUUUAAUUUAUUCACUUUGAUGAUUGAUUUGGUUUGUUUUGUGACAAUCUAAGAAAUUGGUUUGAAAACGUCGCAUCAGGAAUUUGACAUAUCGGAUAUAAAUUAAAAAUCCCAAGCCACUGUGAAAUGGAUCGCGGUUUUCCGCGUUAUAUGUCGGCCACGAAUAUUUGUUUUGCAUUCUUAUUGCUCAUUGUGUUCUCCUGGUUUCCUGUGAAUGGUCGUCGAAACUGUUUUUCCAAAAGGCUUGAACGAGCUUUACGCUGACCACGUGUAUUUGCUCUGCAUCCUCAUUGGUCUUUGUAUUGUCAAGGUUUGCUGUGAUUAGUCAAUAACACCUUUUUUCCGACAGGCUUUCCCGCGCUUUACGCCGGUGACGUGUAUUUGCCUUGCAUUUUUAUUGGAUGUCGUGUGUUUUUAGUUCACUGUGAUUGGUCAAUGACAUUGUCUGCCUGUGUCUUUUGGGAAAGUGAUGAAGAAAAAUCUUUCGCACAUCAGCAAAAAAAUGCCGGUUUCUUUAACCAAUGAAUAAUCUUGAACUCUUGCAGUUCCUUCCUUUCUUCUGAGAGUAAUAUUAGAGAUUUUUAUGAAUCUUUUUCCUUGAGGAUAUGGUUGUUCUCUUUAAAUGUAAUAAAAAGGCCAUAAGGCUGUUAACCCUUUUACUCCCAAGAUUUCAUUAGUAAUUCUCCUUACUGUCUGCCAUAAAAUACUUAUGAUUUCAAUUUGGAGAAUUUGGUAUCGGAUCAACUUAUAUUCCCCUAAUUGAGUUUUCUUCCUUAUUCUCCUCAUUUGUCUGCUUGAUUCUGUGUUGAUAUUGUAAGGAGAAAUUCUGUCUUGGUCACCCAUGGGAGUUCAAGGGUUAAAUGCCAACCUCAGUUACCUUGAUAGUCGAACUGUUUUGUUGUCUCAGGUAUAACACCAGUUCUUCGUUCGCAAGGUACUAUAAGGAUUAUAAGAAGGUAAGUACUUUCUUUCUGUUGGUAGAGUGAAAAGUACCUCACAGAGGUUUCGUAGAAAAGUCAUCUGUAUCUACAAUAUCUUAUGCAUGAAUGACGAUCAUAUUGUAACUUUUGAGUACCUAUCUUAUAAGCCCUUAGAGGAACUCACUUUUCCAACCUCUCUAAUGGGAUGGGCGUGAAGAGAGAAUGGACUCAACAGAGGCGAGAAGGGGUGGGGGGUGGGUGGGGAAGGGCGUUGAGGUGACCUUGGGGCAUUUGACGUUAAUAGAUGCCUAAUGUCGCUCCCCUCUCUGAUACAAAUUUCCUACUCGUGAAGCUUUAUUUAGUCAAACCACCAAACAGGAAAUUUGUUUCAAACCCAUAAAUAUUAUUGCUUAAUAAUUUGCAAAACACAGCUUGCUUGCUGGUUUUUUUCUUAUUCUUACUUUGAAAAGAACGCAUAACAAUGGAAAAAAACUAGAGAAGACCGGCCAAAUUUUUCCCCUGGCAUCGACCUUUUGGUAGUAAGAAAGGCGAUGAAAACGAAUCCGAACAUUAGUGAUCUUCAGAUUAUCCAAGUUGUUGCCGCCAUGCUAUGAAAUUCGUUUUUACCGUUAGCUGUGUUUAUGCCCUUGGGAGGUUAAGGGAACAAUCAAGAAUCCAAAGUUGCUGUUACACUGCUAGGCGUAUUUCGCAUGCCUCAAACAUCGCACGUGCAUCCAGAGCCCUAUGUGCACGUGCUAAAAACAAACCCAUUCUCAAAUAAUAAAUUCCGUGUCUUUUUUUUUUGUGUGUGUGCAUGCAACCUACCUGCAUACCUACUCCAAUUGAAGGAGGGGUUUGUGCGACUUGGAAAAGCCGUCAGACUGAACUAAGAUACUUUAUUAAUAGUUGUAUAUAGAUACUAUCAUGAAGACGCUGGAAAAUGAAGACAAGAGCCGACCAUUUCUCUCAUCGUCUCCUUCGAAUGGAGUAGAUACUGAGAAAGAAGGAUGGGUGGCAAAAAAUCCAAAUAGCUCCUAUUGGGGAGAUGGUAACUAUUUUUUUACUUAUGACGUAAUAGUCGAGGUAUGUUUUGGAAUAACGGUUGUCUUUAUGGGCGAGACCUGAUGUUUUGCACUAUUUGUGUAAUUUAUUUAUAAGUUUCUGGCUCGUGAUUAGAGGGGUGAUCUUCAACAACACAUUACAAUGAACUUUUUCACAAACACCCUUUUGAAGUGCGCAUUUUAAAUUUGAAAGUGACAUUGGUCAACUUUUUAAGAACAACGUUUUCAAAUGUUAUGUGUUGGGCUCAAAUGCCAAUCGCGAUUAGUGUCGCGAACUAUUUCCCAGCCUCACGCGAUUUUAUUUAAAACUAAUCGACUAGUCAUUUAGAUCUCUGAUUGUAUCAAAGGCUCAUGUUGCUGUGAUGCAAUAGUCUUUCUUUUUUUUCUUACCCAACGAAUAAUCGUAGUCACCAUUUUAUUUCAGCGCACUUCUACAACUAUGCGAUGGACUGUUGGAAUGUCAGCGACUACCCCAAGCCUCGUUUUGCGUCUGAGUAUGGUUUCCAGUCCUACCCGUCUUUUGAGACCCUAGCGCAGGUGUCAGUGGAAGGGGACUGGACCUACAAUAGCGCAUUCAUGGAUCACAGGCAACAUCAUGCAGACGGUUUGUAUCACUAAGUGAAGAGACUUUCCCCUGAAUCUCACUGUUACUCACAAAAUAAACCAAAAAGUGAGAUUGUUUUCUUUUGUUUUUUGAUAGGAUUAUUGAGAGAAAUUCUCUGGCUUGUUGGCUUAAUUUUCAUCAUACGUGUUCGAGUAGAAUUUUUACUAUAAUUGUUUUAAAUUUUUCUGAAGCUUUACUAGCAAUUAGUGAAUGUGUGUACGACAUGAGUGCACUAUCGUCGCUGUCAUCGUCAUCAUCAUCAUCAUCAUCAUCAUCAUCAUCAUCAUCAUCAUAAUUAGUAUUAUUAUCAGUGUUAUUAUUAAUAUUAUUUUCAUUGUUAUGUUCAGGUAAUCAGCAGAUGUUAGGCCAAGCUAAGAAGCAUUAUAAACUUCCCAACUCAAAGGAGCCUUUGAAAAAAUUUAUGGACACUCUCUUUAUUAUCCAGGUAAAAUAAUCACUUUUCAUGCCAUUGGACAAAAUAUUGUAUUACGUAAUUUUCAUCAAAAGCUAUCACUGGCGCACGCGCACUUGGGGUGGGGUUUAGUCUCAGGGAUCAAGAGGCCCAUAAUUAUGAAAUACUUAUCUCCGGUGUCAGUCCCAUUAAAUGGCUGAGAUAAUGUAUUCUACCUCGGGAUCGGUUGCUAAAGUAACUCUCCUCUUCCCCCGUCGCCCGCAUUUGGUCAGGUUUCAUUGAUAAUUCGCCGGAUCCCACACUCCUGAGUGUAGAGAGGUAGAGUGAAAGUGAAGUCUCUUACUCGGGAACACAACACUAUGACCCAGCUAGAACUCGGACCCAAACCUCCUAGUCCAGCGUUCACGCACAGCGCCAUGACUGCUAAUCCACCGCUUCACCAAUACAGUUGUCAGUAAACUUCCUCAAGUCUUCCAGGACAACAUUAUGUAACGAGCGCCAUGAUACAGGUGGAAACGGAAAAAAGACCUACGUGACAUGUUACCCUCACCUGACCCUUUAUAAUAAAUGGUACACGUUUCAGUUAUGCCUUUUUCUUUCUAGGUAACUCAAGCUCAGUGCAUGAAGACAGAGACUGAACAUUACAGACGUUUACAGAGUGAAUUAAUAAAGGUGGGUUUGAAUCGCAGUUACGCUAUUUGACGAAACUUGGAUAACAGGCCCUUUGAUUUUCUCGUCAGGGUGAAGGAAGAACAAUGGGCACAAUAUAUUGGCAGUAAGUGACUGCUUUAUUGAAUAACUUUUUAAAUUGAAAGGUUGAAAGAAAAGAAUGUAAGAGACAAUGAUUGUAAUUCGACUAUUUUUUCAAAGAAUAUCAACAACGUUAAAAUUUGACACGAUGAGAAUACUCAUUGUGCAGAAUGGCCAUACCUUUGAGAUCUCUUACACGUCACAAAUAGAACUUCUAUUGUUGUUUAAUUUAAGUCAAUGAUGCUAAAAAGGAAGGAAAGGCCUUGUUUUUUUUUAAUUUAACGGGAAUUUACAUAGAGACGUCCUUUACGUUCGCCAGACCCAACACCAACCGUAAACCCUGUUUGUGUUUUAGCAGUUCAUAGAUUAAGUGUAAAAUUAUGUUACAGUUUUAUUUUCUUCUUCUGGGAAGAUUUUUAACGUUACAUGAGUUGCACGUGAUCAAUUUGCAAUGUCUCGCACCACCUGUAAAAGACAUAAUUACAGGUUAAUUGUUUUAUGCAGUCAUAUAAAUUACAAGCUCUUCUUUAAGUUACAUAUUUUUUACCGGUAGAACCUAGGGGUUGGAAGGGGUUUGGUGAUAGGAUGUGAAACAGCUUAUUCGGGGGGAGGGGAGGGGCAGUUUGUAUUGCCCUUGGUACAAAUGCGUUAAACAUUAAUGAGGGGCCCCUUAGUCUGUACAUUAUCCCUUGUAGUAAGGAAACAUCUGAAGUCGGAUGGUAAAGAGACUUAACCAGCAACUCACUUUUACUUUGUUUUGACCGUUUCAGGUUGAACAGUAUUUGGCAGGCUCCCACUUGGUCUUCUUUAGAAUAUGGAGGACGUUGGAAGGUACAAGUUUGCUCUGUUUUCUUUAAACUACAGCUCAAACUUGUGGUAUUCACAAAAUCAAUCAUCGUGAUAUCAAUCCUUAACCCUUUGCACUGUGACGAUGGUAUUCUUAUUCUACACACAGAUCUCUCUAUAAUAUACAGAUUUAGCCAACCCUAAAAGCGGAGCUCGCAUUUUUUUUCCCGCACGUCUCAAGGGCACAACGCCUUGCCCCGGCUAGGACUAGAACUACUGGACAAAGCCGUGGCGUUGGCGUGCCCGCGGUUGACCACGCAUGUUUAAAGUAGCACCUUGUACGGUCGGUCGUAUGGUCGUAAGUUCAAAUUUUUUCGGCUUGAUGGGUUACUACUACCAUUUUGUAUAAUAUGGGGCUACGCUCUGCGAGCUCCGCUAUUACCUGUGGUAAAUUGUGAUCAUUUCCUUCUCAUCACCUUUACAUUUGAUUCAAAGAUGAUACUGUGAGGAGAAGCCAGUCACUCUCAGUGAAAAGGUUAAAGGCUUAUUAUUUUUUUUUUGGUUGACAGAUGCUUCAUUACUUUGUGAAGGAUUUUUUUGCGCCUGUAAUCGCGUCACCAUACCAGGAGGGCGGCAAGUUUAGGCUCUGGGUAGUAUCAGAUCUUGUGAAGGUAAAAAUGCGUAAAUAUUUUAUUAUUGCAGCAUCUUAAAAUGUGUGUUAAAAGAAAAACAAUGUGUACGUCCUCAGUCAAUCCCCAAAGAAAAUUCCGCCAAUUGUCAUGUACUCUGAUUAGGACACUGCAACCUCAACAAUGGGAUCGCAAAUGGGCUUUCAAAAUCUUGUUUGCUUCCUUUUGAAUGACCGUCCUAACUUUUUGACAGUAUUUGCUCGGCACCAAAAAACCGAGUCCACGUGCAUGCGCGUUGGGUUGCAGGUCAUGUGAUUUGGAUCGGGUCGCUCAAGCUUUUCUAUACCUCACAGUGACUUGCUUGGUGUCUUUUUAUUGUUGUUGAAUUGUGAAGUUUUUAGUCGAUGCCUUCUGUGGUUUCAGCCAAUCUCGCGGGGUGCUGUGUCUCUCAAGGCGUGGUCAUGGUCUUCCUUCACACCACUGUACAGCAAAAAAGUCUCAUUUAACAUUAAACGACAAACUUCGGUAAGCACGGCUUGUUGUGUCCAUUCCACAUGUGGAUCAACCAAAGGAGAUACCGUAGUCUGACUUACGUAUCCUUGCUUGUAAUUAAUAGAAACAGGUUUACGAAGAUGAAGUAGAAACACUCUUACAGUCAAGCAAAUGUAAAAGUGCUCGGCAUUGUGUCUUUACUGUGAAACCUGUAGACGCGAGCACAGGCCAGGACCUGGGACCGACGAACGUGUUUUAUCCGACGAGUUUGUCAGAAGUAGAGGGUAUUAGUGAUCCAAAGUUGAAGGUGAAUAAUAGUUAGUAUUAAAAAUUAAUAAUUACAAAUAAUCAUUUAUUGACUACUGAUAAAUAAUUCGUUACUGAUAAACAAUUACUUACAGCAGUGUUCUUUUGUCUAUAGUGCUCUGUAUAACCUUGUAAAGUUGAUGGAAAAAUUAAUGAAAGAAAGGGCGCAGCCCUUAAAAGAGUAUCGAAUUUUUAUUCUUAUUAUAUUUUGUUUCCUUCUUUCUGUUUUCUUUUUUUUUGGCAGAUUGUAAAAGUUGCUCGCAUGCCCCAAAAAGGAGAGUUUAGCGUUCAUAUUGAGGCCCAGUCUCCCGCUUGUUAUGUGUGGCUUGUAGCCAAAGAUGUCCGUGGCCGCUUUUCAGAUAACGGUUUUCUCCUGAUCGAACCUUCGAAGACGGUAUGAACAAGUUAAUUACUAGCAAAUGAAUCAGCUAGCACACUUACAUAUCUAUUGCGUUUUGCUUCUUGGCGUAAAUUUUGUUUAAGAUUUUUGCGUUUAGCACUGCGUUAAGCUAAUGACCUGUGUUAGCUUGUGAAGAAGAAAGCCGUUGAUAAUUUAGAACAAAGAGUGAAAAAAAACAACAAACUGACUAUUUUGGUGGUAUAAAUCUGACAAUGGCUACAUUCUUUUCAACUUCAGGUGAUAUUCUACAGUUGGCAGAACACCACUGAAGAUGAAUUAGAGAAGAAUCUUUACAUGAAGUCUCUCUAUGAUUUAUAUGCCUAGUUAAUUUAGUUCUUCAAUAAGGACAUCCCUGAGAAAGAUUUUUUUUAUUAUAAGAGAUAUAGUAAGAAGAUUAAUUCUCAAUUUCAACUUCUCAAUUCAAGCGAAAAGUUGUCCAUUCAAUCAGGUAUUGGUGGUCGAAGGAAACAGCAGGAUGAAAAUAGACUUGAAAAAAAAAAAGGCAAACAAACUACAUCUGCUAUGCACCACCCCUCAACGUCCUUCUCUGUGAUACUCUCUUUCCCCCCUCAGCAGGUUCUUGAAUAAUCAUUGCCUGGUAGUCACUAGUCAUUUUUACCCUUUGAUCCCUAAGAGUGACUGGCAUCUAAUUUCUCCUAACCAUAUCACCCCUGAAUCAAACAUUAAGGUUAGGAGAAUAUAGGAGCUGAUCCCCGACUAAAGAAGCUCUUGAUUGUUAGACAAAUUCUCAAGGUUGCCAUCUUAGGAAAUGUUUAGAGAACAGUAUGGAGAAUAUGCCUACCGAUGUUAGAGUGUAAAGGGUUAAGGUGUUAGCCGUUCACAGUACUUGAGAGAGGAGGUGGCACAUACUUCAGACAAUUGUGUGCAUCUAUGUUGCUUAGCAAUCCUAAAACUUGCUCAUACGAUUUUUUAGUACUGAUUGAAACUUUUGUUAGGCAUAACAUUAUGUAGUAGGAAAUCGUUAUGUUACAUGUAACUGUUAUUUGUUUUUAAACAUAUUUUUCACUUCUCG